CAGAUAUUUACAUUCGGUAAUAAACAAUGCUUAUAAACUCAAAUCAUAUUUAAUUUCAUUAGCUUGUCAGUGAUAAAUUUCGUUCUAGUGUCUUCUUUAUCAAAUUUAAAUUUCAAUAAGGACAAAUUAAUAUUCGGACUUCGGUUUAGAUUCGCUUCAACAUUCCAGUAGAUCUUUUCAUUGAGUUUCAAUAGUGAUGUCAAGUUUAUAAACCUACUUUUUCUGGGUCGACAUCGCAUUCAAGAAGUGAAAUAAAAUUUAAUUUUGUUAUUUAACGUGAACCGGAUUUUGAUCAAAUUUGGUGGAUUAAUCUACAAAAAUUGGAAUACUACUGGUAUCAGUAAAAUUGAAUCUUAUCCGAUAUUUUUGUAAACACUCAGUGCCUAACUUCUUACCAUUUGCUUAGUUUACUAAAUUUAAAUCAGUUAUCGAGUAAAAUAUUCUGUUAUCAACAUGGGUCUCAUGAACAUUUUGAAGAAAUUGAAGGAAAAAGAAAGAGAAAUUCGUCUUCUUGUAUUAGGAUUAGACAACGCUGGAAAAACCACAAUUGUGAAAAAGUUCAACAACGACGAUAUAAACGAUAUUUCACCCACUCUAGGAUUCAAUAUUUACACUCUUGAUCAUAAAAAUUUCAAAUUAAAUGUUUGGGAUAUUGGUGGACAAACUUCACUAAGAGCUUAUUGGCGAAACUAUUUUGAAAACACCGAUGGCCUGAUUUGGGUGGUAGAUAGUGUUGAUAAACUGCGUUUAUCCGAUUGUGCGAAAUCUCUUCAUCUUCUACUGCAAGAAGAACGUCUAUUAGGCGCUAGUUUACUUGUUUUUGCAAAUAAACAAGAUCUUCCUGGAGCUUUGUCUGCUCAACAGAUUGAAAACUUUUUGGAUUUAAAAUCACUUAAAAAUCGCCACUACAUGAUAAUUGGGUGUAGUGGUCAUUCGGGGGAAAAUUUAUUGGAAGGUAUUGAUUGGCUGAUAGAAGAUAUUUCAACUAGAAUUUUCACUUUUUAAAUUUGUUUAAUAGCAAAAUUAUCAAUUGAUAUGUCUAAUUAAAAUAAAAAGCAGCUCCGAUUGCAACAAAACCGAUUGUUAACGCAAUAAUAAAAGUUCUGUAUUUGUAAAAUGUA